GCGACCUCGCGCACGUACCCUCCUCCAGUCAAUCUAAAGGAACGUAUUGCUGCCCUCCAACAGCGGAACGUGUCCCCAAGUCAACAGCAAACGUCUCAAUUCGCUUCAAAGAACCUCCCGAGUAGUGGAACCGGAUGUUUGCGCGACAAAAUCGCCAAAUUUGAGGAGAAGGGAGGCAUCCCUGUUCCACGAGGCAGCUUCGGUAUGGGUGCGCCUCAGUUGGCAGAAAACGCACCAGCAAAGAAGCGUGGAGAGUUGUAUGGGAACCGAGUGCAAAACAUGGGGAGACCGGGUUGCUCGCCGUCGAGUCGCUCUGGCUCACCCCUCCCCCCGGCGGACGACUCACCUUUGCCAAGAAAACGUUGUGUCUCUACCGGGGGAACACUCUUGAAAGGCACUCCUCCGAGAUUCACAACGGGAGAACCUAUUCCGCCGCUUCCAUCCACACCGUCACCGACUCUCCCUUUUGCUCGUCGCAACUCCCUAGCAGUCGAUUUUGGUCCAACUCAACGU